GAUAUUGCGCAACUGUAAGCAAUGGGUGUCUGCUUGUCAUUAGCUAAAUAUAGAUUGUUAUUGGUAUUUAUUGUCGAGUUGCUGCUGGGGAUGGCAUUCAUAGAAGAGAGACAGUCAGUUACCUCAUUCAGGUUUUAUCUAGGUUUUUGAUUAGCUAGACGGAGAUCAUGGCAGGGGUCGAGAGCAGUGAGGAAUCUUUGUCCGAUGAUAUACAGGGAGAGUUAGAAGUCUUGAGGUCAAUCUACCAAGGGGAUGGAGAGUUCAGCAUCGAGACAUCUGGUUGCCAUGACAAUGACCUGAAGUCAAACUAUGUUUGUGAGGUCAUCAUUAAACCUGUUGACAUGCCACUAGGACUGAGCUUCUCUUUACCAGCAUCUUACCCAAGAAUCAACCCUCGGAUAGAGAUGGUCUCCCUGCCUGACACCAUGUCACAGGACAACAUCGCUGUCCUCCUUGUUUGUCUCUAUCAGAUAGCCAAGGAGAAUGCUGGGACACCUCAUCUAUACUCAGUGGUAGAGGGCGCCAAACAGUGGAUUAGGGAUCACCUUGAAGGCUCUCACCGAGACGAGUCAUCUUCAAGUAGUUCAGAGAGUGAUUGGUCCAGCAUAGCAGGUACUGAUGCUGAGAGUAAGAGGAAGAAGAAAGAAUCAAAGAAGAACAAGGGUAAGAAACAGGACGAGACUCCUCAGUUUGGGCGAGACACCAAGAAACCUCCAAUGAAAACCGCUACUGAUGUCAUCAAGCGAAUCCAGUGGGACAAACAGCUCAACCCCGAGCACUUCAUCGUCGGUUACUUGGAUCGAUUCAUUGGGGUCGUGGAGCAACCGUUUCAGGCGUUCUAUUGGGGAGACAUUGCAGAGGUGGACCACCUAACCCUAGCUAUCCCCAAGCAUCGCAUCCAGUACUUUAAGUACAAGGACGAGGUGGUAUGGGAUAAGAGGGUGAGACUGGACAAUGUGUUUGGAUCGUUAGGGAGUGGACUCACCGUGGUGGAGGUGGUGGAGAGGUAUGCCAAGGAGAAUGAUACGGAGCAGAAUGGUAGGAGCGAGAAGGAGGUGAACGAGAUGGGGGGCGAGGGAAUGGACGAUGAGGGGGUUGGGAUGGUGGUUGAUGAUGGGAAGGUAGUGAGAAGGAGAAUAGACAGGUCACGGCCAAACUAUUUCAUCGGGAUUCAGAUUACCAGCGAGGAUAUCAAGACUCACGUCAAAGAGAUCCAGAGUCACAUGACCAAUAUAGAUCCUCUGGCUUCAACGUAUCUCACCUCUCUCUCCCAUCUUCAUGUUACUUUGUGUAUGCUCCAACUCGCCACAAAGGCACAGAUCAACACCGCCCUCUCUGUUCUGAAAACCAUCCAACCUGAACUGGCAUCGAUGCUUCUCCCUGUCACUAUGAUGAGGUUCCAUGGAGUCGACACGUUCCAUGACCGGAUCAUUUACUCUCCGCCCGAGGCUGAUCGCGCUCUUGAGAAAAUGACACGUUUUUUGCGGACAUCGCUUACCAAAGCUGGCAUCAGCCUGACGGGGACUCGAGAUGAGUUUGUUCCCCAUCUCACUAUCAUGAAAAUGCCCCGGGAUGAAGCAAAUGGACAUCCCAUUUUUACCUCGGACUUGAAAUCUAAGUUUUCAGAGAUGCAUUUAGGAACUCAAGUUGUUGAUGCUAUCCAUUUAUGUUCCAUUGAAGAUAAACCAGCCCAUGAUGAAUUUUACAAUUCAUUAGCUAGAGUUGAUUUAAAUGAAUAGAUGAAUAAGGUUAUAAAGUAAUUUAUGCAAUACAACAAAGCAAACGUCAUUUACAAAAUCGAUCUAAGACCAAAUUCUAUCCUUUUUUUUUAAAUGAAGUAUUCAGGCAAAGGGUAUCUUGCACUGAAAUACAAUUAUUAAUCUCAAUAGAGCAUGCGUGUGUCUUUUAUCUUAAAUGUGAAAUAGGUGAUUUAAAACGAGAACUAGGUAACUAACCAUUGCAUAGAAAUGAUCCUUAAUUUUUUUUUUUAACCUGUUGAUUACUAAAUCUGAAGUAACUCAGGAUGAAGUCUAUAGAAUGUGAAAUGAAUUACUACAAUCAAAUUAUAUCUUAUGAGUUGAUUGUAAUUUGUAAGAAUAUAAUAUUGAACCCCAUCUUGUUCUUUAUUUGUGGGAUUAUAAGAGAUGGUGUAUGUAGGGUGAGAAACCCUUUCAAAACAUUUAUUUAAUUGUUGUUGUUAAUACUCAUUUUUAAUUUUACCCUUCAGAAAAUUUUAAGAUAUGAAGAUUUCAUUCCCUUGUCUUGCAAAUUUAAUUCCAAAGUGGGAUGUUUUUAUUUUUAAAUAAUUUUUAAACUUUCUUAAAUCUGUAAGCCAAUUUUUUGGGGGUCUGGCAAAUUCCAUGCUUAUUUGUUAGCAAAUUUUAUUCCAACAUCCUCCUCACUAUUUGAAUUG